AUUGUGGAGUUAGAAUAAAUAAAUAAGUAAAUGUAUUGAGCAUUCAUUAUUCUGUAUCACUUUGUUUCUUAUUCUGUUUGGGUCUUAUUCAUACGUGCAUACAGUGUGUUUGACUAAACUUGGAUGUCUCGCUAUUUGAACCGGUGUUCUAAGUCUUGUGAGGCUUGAAUGACAUUUCUGGUGCUUAGAUGUCUCCAACUCCUCCAUCCAAACGACAAAAGAUACUGUCCGCUGUAGAAAACAACAACAAUAAUAAUUUUCACACAAGUACCGACAUUAAUUUAUCAAACGGGAUGGAAGCUAACGGAGAAGUUCCUGAUUUAGACGAAAGUCUAUAUAGUCGUCAGCUUUAUGUUUACGGCACUGAAGGGAUGCGUCGGAUGGCAGCUACUGACAUUCUAGUUAUUGGGCUAGAAGGCCUUGGUCUGGAAAUAGCAAAAAAUAUUACUCUCGCUGGAGUUAAGUCUGUCACUUUAUAUGACAAUACCCCUGUAUGCCUAAGUGACCUUUCUUCUCACUAUUUUGCAAGUCAGGAUGAUAUUGGACAUCCUCGUGCUGAAGUUUGCAAAAAUAAGCUAGGCGAGUUAAAUAAUCAUGUGUCUAUUCACGUCCUAAACAAGUCGAAACUUGGAUCGGAUGAUCUAAAGAAAUACAAUGUAGUGGUAUUUACGCAGGCGUCAGAUGACUUGUGCGCAGAGUACGGAGAUAUUUGUCGCAGUUUAGGAAUCAAAUACAUAGUUGCCACAACCUGCGGACUCUUUGGGAAAAUAUUCUGUGAUUUUGGAGCAGAGUUUGUUGUUUAUGAUCCAACAGGCGAGGAUCCGCCCUCGACAAUGAUUCAGCAAAUCGAACAAAGCAAAAAAGGGCUUGUAACUUGCUUAGAAGAAACGCGUCAUGGAUUCCAAGACGGAAAUUAUGUAACUUUUUCCGAAGUGAAGGGUAUGGUUGAACUAAAUGGUUGUGAGCCUCGAAAAAUUACAGUAGUUGGGCCUGAUGCUUUUUCCAUUGGUGAUACUUCUAACUUGAGUCCUUAUAUAUCUGGUGGUAUCUGUACACUUGUUAAAAUGCCGAUGAAAAUCAGUUUCCUACCCUACAGGACCGCCUAUCGUUCUCCAGUUUUUAUGACAACGGAUUUUAUCAAGACUGAACGUCCCGCACAACUUCAUCUGUUUUUCAAAGCCCUGAGCAGAUACAGGGAUCACAAUGGGUCUCUUCCUAAACCAUGGUGUAAAGAAGAUGCGCACACAUUCGUUGGAUUUGUUCACAAAGUGAAUGAAGAACUUAAAGGCACAGAAGCUGCAGUUCCGGAUGUUGACGAAAAACUAGCCACACUUUUUGCAUACGUCUCUUCGGGUCAAUGUUCUCCUAUCCAGUCUGUCAUAGGUAGUUUUGCGGCCCAAGAAGUUAUGAAGGCUUGUAGUGGGAAAUUUACACCACUGCAACAAUGGGCGUAUUUUGAUGCGGUGGAGUGCCUUCCUGAAGGUUCCAUUGGCGAUUUUGUAGUUUCAGAGAGCGAUGCAAAACCUAUUGGAUCACGUUAUGAUAGCCAAAUAGCUAUUUUUGGACAUACAUUCCAAGAAAAAAUUAAGCAGCUAAAGUACUUUAUUGUUGGUUCAGGUGCGAUCGGGUGUGAGUUACUGAAGAACUUUGCGUUAAUCGGAGUUGGCGCUGGAAAAUCCGGAAAAAUUAUUGUUACAGACAUGGAUCUCAUUGAAAGGUCAAACCUUAAUAGACAAUUUUUGUUUCGUCCGUGGGAUAUCCAUAAGAUGAAAUCUGUUGUUGCCUCCACAGCUGUCAAGGCCAUAAACCCAGAGCUCAAUAUUGAAGCUCAUGAAAAUCGUGUUGGACCAGAAACGGAAAACAUAUACGAUGAUGCCUUCUUCGAAAGUUUAGAUGGCGUUGCUAAUGCACUUGAUAAUAUAGAGGCGCGCACAUAUGUUGACCGUCGGUGUGUGUAUUACCGUAAAUCCUUAUUGGAAUCUGGAACCCUAGGGACAAAGGGAAAUGUACAAGUUGUUAUUCCCUACUUAACAGAAUCCUACUCAUCUUCGCAAGAUCCGCCUGAAAAAUCUUUCCCUGCUUGCACUUUGAAAAACUUCCCAUAUCUUAUUGAACAUACUCUACAAUGGGCACGCGAUUUAUUUGAGGGCGUUUUCGUCCAUCAAUCCCAAGCUAUGAAUUCUUUCCUACAGGAUCCUUCUGGGUUUUUGGAACGAACAUUGGCAACUCAAGGAAGCCAGCCAUUGGAGACUCUGGAAACCUUGAAAACUAAUCUCAUAGAUAAAAGGCCAAACAAUUUCGAAGAUUGUGUAACGUGGGCUAGAUUGAUGUGGCAGGAUUUGUUCUCAAAUACAAUCGCACAACUUCUGUUCAAUUUCCCUCGAGAUCAUGUUACUUCAACUGGGGCUGAUUUUUGGUCAGGAACAAAAAGAUGUCCUCACCCAUUAGAUUUCGACACUCAGAAUCCAACACACAUGGAGUUUAUUUUAGCAGCAUCGAAUUUGCGAGCUGAAUGUUAUGGUAUCCCACAAUGUCGCAACCUUGCCAAGAUUUCAGAGAUAGUUCAAAAUGUGAUUGUUCCUCCAUUUGUUCCUCGAUCAGGCGUACGAAUUGAGGUGACUGAAGCGGAGGCACAAGCCAGAGCAGCUGCACCAAUAGCUGAUGCAUCACGACUUGAAAAGCUCCAAAAGGCAUUGCGCAAUUUCAAUGAUAAUUCGAAACUACAUAUCAAUGUGAUUGAAUUUGAGAAGGAUGAUGAUGCUAAUUUCCAUAUGGAUUUCAUUACCGCAGCAAGUAACUUAAGAGCUGAUAAUUAUGAAAUUCCACCUGCCGACCGACUCAAAAGUAAACUUAUCGCUGGUAAAAUAAUCCCUGCUAUUGCCACCACAACUAGUUUGGUUGCUGGUCUGGUGUGUUUGGAGUUGUUCAAGAUUGUCCAAGGACACAAAAAGCUCGAACUCUUUAAGAAUGCAUAUGUUGAUUUGGCUGCACCGUUCAUUUCUUUCUAUGAACCUGUGGCGCCUGCUAAGUCAAAAUAUUACGAUACAGAAUUUUCUUUGUGGGAUCGGUUUGAACUGUCAGGCCAGAUGACAUUACAGGAUCUUAUCGACUACUUCAAGAACAACUUGAAGUUAAAUGUAACAAUGUUGUCCCAAGAUGUUUCUAUGCUCUACGCAUUCUUCAUGCCAGAAGCAAGACGAAAGGAGCGUUUAGUUAUGUCCCUAAAGCAACUUGUGGAAACAGUCAGUAAACGUCAAAUCCCUCCACAUGUGAACGCUCUGGUAUUCGAUGUUUGCUGCAGUGACAUGAAUGAUGAAGAUGUUGAUGUUCCGUAUAUUCGAUAUGCACUUCAACGUGCCAAAUAAGACUCAUUUUUCCAUGUCUUUCCCAAAGCAUCCAGGUCGCAAACUGGAUUUUGGUGAUAUUUCACAUAUGAUAUGGUCGACUUUGGAACUCUUCAUUUUCAUUCAAAAAAACUAACUAACUAUAACUUGUUACUGAAUAAAUUUGCCAAUGAAAAUAAAUAAGCGAACAGCAUAUAUGCAGUUCUGUGAAUCUUGUACGACAUUUUGUUCUAUGUAGCACUGUUUAAAAUUGAAGUUGUGUCGAACGUGUUUGAUUUAUAUCUUGCUCCGCCAAUGUACUUCUGUGUGCAAUGUUUCAAAAAUCUGACUACUUGGGCUAGUUUAAUUUUAUUGAUUGCUUUCCUUAUCACAUUCUUUCGAAUGUUUGUUUUUUAUGGUAUUGAAGUUUACCAAAGAACAUCUGAACACACCUACUUUAUUUUUUCAGUGGUCAUUGAGGCUAACAAGUUUUAAUUUUGACAUAUACAUCCAUUAACGUGAGCUUUGAAUCAAUUUAGUUCGUUUCAUAGUACGAUAACAGGUCACUGAGUGUUUUUAUUGGGAGCAAUUUAUAAUAUCGUCACUUUCGUAUAUUCUUAGAUUAAUGUUGUCCUCAGUUUGGGAAACUGAGCAGUAUAAUGAGACUCAGUAUGUAGUGUUUUGCCCCAAAUAUGACGGAAAAGAAAACAGUUUUUAAUUGGAUGGCCUAAAUGAUCGCCCUUUUUCAUGCCAAUGAAAUUCAACGGUUUCUGUCGAUUGAGUUGCCUAUGCUUAAGUGGGGUUAAGUGUUUUCGGUACUAAUUUGUUUGCAUUCGUUGAGAUGUAGCCACAUACAUACUAAAGCUAGCAUAUCAGUGAGUAUUUCUGAAGGGACUUCCAUCUUCCCGAUAUUUUGUAUAGUGACCGGUACGUUAUCACAUAAAUUUUAGUCAAACGGUUGUCUUUUCACAGUGUGUUCGAUGGCCAUACAAGCAAGCUAUGAACUGGUUGAUUCAUUAUACUGAGCAAUAGAGUUACUUAUAGGAACGCUCUAAUGUGUUUUGUACUACUGUUCACUUCUUUGCUGACUAGUGAAUUCAUUGGUAUGCUUUUCCUUGUCUUAUUCGCAAUUGAGUUUAGUUGGUACUGAGAAUAAGUUUGUUUCCACUGUCUAGUUUUGGCUGUAACAUUUUCAGUACCCUCUGCAAAAGAUGCGGUACUCAAAUGGGUCCUCAUAAACCUUCGUUAAUGUGUUGUAUGGCUAGCAGGUAAAUUGCAAUCGAUUGGAGUGGCGUUACUUUUUCGUCAUCUUCACAUAUGCGCCGACAGAUUGCAGCCUUGAUACAGAUAAAGAUGAGUUCUCUCAACUGAGUGAACUUCUGAAGCAUGCGCGUCCAGUAGGCAUCAUAGUGCUAGCUGGGGACUCAGGUGCACGGGUUGAAGGGAGUUUUUUAGGUGGUUUUGGGAGUCAAAAUGACCCCAUGUUAGGUAAGGAAAGACCGUCUUUUGCAGUUCUGUUCGAAUUUCUAGCCAGCAGCAACAUCUGACACUGCCAUAGCGGUAGUGCUUUGUAACGUACACCAGUUUUAUCUAGCGAUUGGGAGAUGGUCAUAAACGUUUUCCUCAACAGGUUGAGGACAAGUAUCAAGCUGAGUUAUAGUCGAUGCCUGCUACGAACCUCCUAAAUAGUACAUUAUAGGUUAGUCUCACAAGGCGCCAUUGAAGCAGUGAGAAAAGCAGAUUGCGGCUUAAAAAAAGAUCACCGAGUUGCGUGCCCGUCCGUUUUGGUGGAUAGUGAGUAUAACAGGGCUUUAACACAUGAGACCAUACAGCAUCUGCUUAAGGACUACAAAGCCUGGUGGACAGAACAUGAGUGUGAUAUGUAAAGUGCAGACAGUGCGAUAACAUGUAGGCUGCCCAAAUUAAACUAAAUCAGUCGGCGACCAGUAUCCGUAUUUAUGGUAUGUGCUUUGCUCCAUCUAAGCACAAAGUUUUCUUGCUAGGUUGGUAGGAGCGCGUUCAUGCACUCCCAGGUAAGCCAUUAGAAGUAAUUCAUAAGCUAGUGAAUCUAGAUAGUUGUUUUGAGUGAGGAUAAAGUCUUAUAGUGAAAGGCAGGAUGAUACACGUCAACUUAGGCCACUUCAGGUUCUGUUACGAGGUUAUCAUGGCAUGAUGGUGCAUUUUUGUAAGAGGAAACCGAAGAGAACGUUUUCACUUGGUCCUUGUUGAUAAAGGUAAAAAUAUCCAGUGGAAAGGUGAAUCGAAUUCACAGGGUGCAUUUUACUUAGAAGCUGACGGAUGUACUCUACAAUGCAUCUAUAAAAAGUUCCGAAGAAACCGGGUUUUUGAAUUCCGCUCGGUACUACCAUGUAUCUCAUCAAUCUUUUUCUAAAAUAUUCAAGCGGAAAUUGUCAAAAUAUCAAAAGUAUGUGAGUGAUUCUGAUAUGUAGUGAAUCGUCCUCACUAUUCUUGUUAGUUUGGUACUUUCCAUUAUCGCCGACUUCUGCGC